UGGGAAAAGAAAGAAAGAGAAAGAGAAAGGGGCUUCCGAAAGGAUCAAAGAGGAAGAGUGGAGAACUCAAAGUUUAAUUUUCACACAAUGGGACAAUAAUGAAGAUGAAAACUUUAAAUGUUAAGUGACGACAUAAAGUGUCGUUUUUUUUCCAAAUCGGCUUGUGCUUCGAACUUUAACUCCGAGGCCCAGCUGUCAACAAAAUUAACGUGCAUUCGUUUGAUCGGUUUAGGCUUGCGUAUUUGUUCAAAGUGCUUCAAACAGUCAACAUAGUUGUGGUGACCGAAUGAACGGGGAAUACUCGCGCGUCGGUUUCGCGGUUUCGCCUGGUAAUGGAGGAGGUUAUCUACAAAUAAAGUAGACAAAAUAACCUCCCCUCAACGAAAAUGCCGUCUUAUUCGUCCUAACAUCGCUUCCUCAAAAUCAAACCAACAAGGUUCACAAGAUGUACCGCAAAACAGGUUCUGACAAUUAUACAUCAGCUGAAAACAAGUAUGGGUACAAGUCUGCUUCUCUCAGAAUGUCAGAGAGAAAACAAGACCAUGGGUUUUCAUCUGACCACAGCUCAGCAAACAAGCAGCUUGACCGUGGACGGGAUAGUUUUGGUGACAGGGACCGGGAUCGUUACAGUGAUCGUUACAGUGACGAUCGAGGGCGGGAAAGAGAUGUCUACAUCAGAAGUAGAACAUUUCAAAAUAGCAAUUGGAGACAACCAAAUGCUUGGGAGGUCAAUAAGCCACCGACCCAAUUUGAAAGCAACCAACAACUAAGGAAAGAACCAGUCAAUAGUUUUAUGCCUCAUUUUUGCGUGAAGAAGGAUUUAAACUACACUCCAACUCUUCAAGCCGUUGACAACUUAACUCCUAAAUUUGGAUCCAUGGAGAUAAGCCGUGACACUGUUACAGCAGCAAGUGUCAGUCAUCAGUCAGGAAGAAGCCACUGUGGUGCCUCAAGUUCAAGGCCAAGUCAAAACAAUGGUCUCAACUCUUGGAGGAAAGAAUGUGCAAAUUACAGCAAAGACCAAGGGCACUCCAGCAUGAGUGGAUCUAAACGCAAAGUUGAUCCAGGAGUAGAGUCCACAGGGCCAGGAAGGAAAUCUUUGAUGGCUAUGCUAGGCUCCAAGCGAAGCCUUUACGAAGCAAUGAACGAAUUAGAUGGCAAAACCAUGAAGGUGCAAGUUGAAGACUUCAGAAGGCAAGAGCAGGCAUGUGAACAUUUGAAACAAGAAAUGUCAGCAUUAUAUCCUGACUGUUGUGUGACACCUUAUGCAACACGUCUGUUAGGGAUGGCACAUCCCAAUACUGCCAUUUACAUGUUUUUUGACCCAGAUGGUUGCAGUUAUUUCCAAGCAACUCAUGAAAACAAAGAUGUUCAAACAAAAACCCGAAAAAUUGUUUAUGAAACACUGAAGAAUUGUGGGCACUGUGAAAAUGUUCAAGACUGGGAUGUGCAGGAACUUGUCACAUUUAUGCACAGUGAAACUCGUAUGAAUUCCGUUGUGUCGUUUGCUAAUGGAUUCAAAGACCAAAACACCUUGCUGUUUAAGUCAUAUUUGAAAAUUGAUAAGCGACUGAGGCUGCUCAUGCUGUUGGUGACUGAUAUGGUUUAUCGUUAUCAGGACUUCAGUAAGCAGUUUACAUCACAUGUCUUAAAUAUCAUGGUAAUAAUGUUCUUGCAAAGAACCUCUGAACCAGUUCUGCCUACACUUGAAGAACUUCGUUCUUCACUUCCAUAUGAGAACAUUUUUAUCGGAGGCUUCAAUUGUGGUUUUCCAAAAGAUUUCACCUUCCCUAGUUCAAACCACUCAUCAGUGGAAAAUCUUCUAAAAGAAUUUUGUGCCUUCUAUUAUCACUUUGACUUUGAAGAAGAGAUCAUUUCACUUCUUGGUCCCAAACUAAAACGUGCCAUGUUCUCUCCUCCUUAUGAAAUAUCCAUCCCUACUGUUGAGCCUCUGAACUCAUACUUGCUUUCUUUGAAAAGAGGAGACAAAAUACCAAAGAUAAAUUGCCUGAAUCCUGUAAUUGUACAAGAACCUUUUGAACUGAGCAGCAACGCAGCUGAAAAAGUUGAGUGUGCGGUAUUGGCAGUUUUUAGAAUGAUGUGCCAAGAUGCAUGCGAUAUCUUAUCAACAUGGUGUUGAUAUUUUUUAUUAAUUGACAUGGGCAAAUCUGGUUUUGCAUGUUUUGAUACAUGUGUUUUGUUUUGUUUUCUGUUAACAUAUGUUAUGAUUUCAACAUACCCAUAAUGAUUUUAACUUGAGAACUUUACAUUUUAACCUUGGAAGCUUUUGAUGUAUUGUAUUUACCCAAGUGUUACACCAUAGGCUUUUACAUAGUAUAACCAUGAAUUAUUACUGAUUGAUUUACAUAUUUAUGUAUCCCUGUAAUUACUGCUAAUGAAUUUCAACUGUACCAUGUACCCAUGAUUAUUUUCCUUUUUUGAAAAUAUUUUUGUGUCUUGCCCUGUUGCUGCUGGUUUGAUGAACUAGCCCAUGGACUGGAGAUUAUUCUGUCUUCAAAAACUGACUGUUAGGUUGUUUUAUUUUUCCUUGUUGUGAUUUUUUUUUGUGUCAUGUAUUUUUAAACCUUUCCGUUAAUGUAAGGACUUUUUCUCCAUGUUAAUUGAUAAUUGUCAGAUGUUUUCUUUUCAUUCUCUCAAGUGUUUUCCUUGAGUUUUCAGGUUGUGUCAUUUUAAUUUGUACUUAAGUUAGAUUCCCUUUUUCUUGUUAUGAUUCUAUGCAGCUUUUGUUUUAAAAGAAAUUUUAAACAUUAUGAGAAUGAUGUCCGUUGAAUGAAGAUUCUUCCACAGGCAGCUGUCCUCAAAACCCCCUAUAGAUCUUACAGACAUUGUAUUUUAACCAUGUUGUGAUGUUAUAACCACCAUGUACCCAUGUUAUGCAUUUUAUGGAACUAUAUGGUUGAAUCUUGAUUUUGUUUUAUUUGCAAAACAAAAUGGAGAGCUUGUACAUUCUGUCAUGUCAUUACUGUACUUGCUGGCUAACCUAUUGCCCUUAUUUUGGUAGUGCAUUAUUACCAACAGUAUUUCCCUUGUCAGACAGGAGGGUUCCAUAUUUGUUGAUAUCGUCCUCUCUUUGCUUCAGUUAUGAGAGAAUCAGGAGCAACUUUGCAAUCCCUGUUUUCAGUGUUACUGAAAAUGCUGUACAGAAAGCCAGGUGCUUUGCUUGACCCUCCUUUUUUGGUCAACAUGGCAAUUUAUCACAUUUGGUGGUAAAGCAGUCUUUUGUAAGUGAUUCUUAUGUACAUAGUACUGUAUUUGUACUACCAAGUUAUAUUUAUUAACUUAGUCUCAGUUAGUAUGACUGCCAAGUUUCUCUCAUAUCUGAGGCAUAGGCAAGGCCUAUAUUUUUUAAACUUAGUGAUAAUAGUAGAAGACUGUUUGUAGUAUGGCUAUGCUCAUAAAAUGUACUGUUCUAUUUUUCCUCCCAGGUCAUUUUUAUUUCCUAUGACACGGGACUUUUAUCAGAUGGGAUGAUCUUGUUAUAUGAUAUGACUUGAAUUACAUUUAGCAACUUAGAA